AUGCUGCUGUGGCUGACCCUCGCUCUCCUGUGGAGCAGCACCUGCUGGGCAGGACAAACGUUUGGUUGUGGAAAAGGCAAGCAUUUCAGCAUCUCCAGAGGCAAUGAAGAUGAAUUAACUGGGAUUCGGGUGUAUACAAGUCCUAUGGGACUAAUCAAGAGCAUCCAGCUGAGGUAUGGCUCCUCCUGGAGUGGACAACAUGGCAUCCCAGGUGGGAAGUCCCAUGAACUCCUCCUGCAGCCAGGUGAACACAUUACAAAAAUCUAUGGAACGUACAGGAGAUUCAUUCAGCAUCUGACCAUAUUCACCGACCGAAAUGGCCAGGCAUCAUUUGGAAAGAAAAUUGGCGUGGGCUUCUGGGCCACCCCUGACCGGAAAGGGAAGGUGCUCAGUGGGGUCCAUGGGAGGCAUCAGCGCCAUGGCCUCACGAGCAUCGGCUUCUUGUGGGACUAUCCUCAAGGAGGGAUGACCUCUACUCAAAAAAUGUCAGCCGUUUCAAAAAAAUAG